CUUUUUUCUUUUUCUUUGCAGAUUUACCAUCUCAUGUAUAAUGACCAUUUAGAGGAAACAGAGUGAAUGAUACUUGCAUUUUUAAUAUUUUCCAAUUUAGGUUGGAGGCACAGAUGGCAUCGAGAAUGGAACGUCCCAUGAUAGUUUUAGAGAAAAUGUCACAAUUAAUCUUGAAAAAUAUGCCAAAGGCUGACUAUUCCAGCUUGUUCAAUGAUUUUGUGGAAUCUGAAUUUUUCCUGAUUGAUGGAGACUCCUUGUUUGUCACAUGUGUAUGUGAGGAAUCACUUAAGCCAGGACAGAGUCUCCAUUUCUUCUACUUGGUUGAGCGCUACCUAUUGGAUGUUAUUAGCAAAGGAGGACAAUUCGCCAUAGUUUUUUUCAAGGAUGCUGAGUAUGCAUACUUCAAAGUCCCUGACCUUCUUACACUGAGAACGGCUUUAAUUCUGCACCUUCAGAAAAAUACCUCCAUUGAUGUUUGGACUAAAUUUUCUGGAUGUUUGUCAAAAGAGUGGAAAAUUUUCUUGGAUCAAAGUUGCCCCUAUUUCUUGAUUCUUGCAGAUGAAGGUCUGAACAACCAGCAGACAUACCUUUUCAACUUUGUAGUUAUCCAGGCUUGGGCAGCAAAAGUCAACAUAGUUCUCUUCUCAGGGCAAACAUCUGACAUCCUCCGUCUUUAUGCAUAUUUUAUGCAAAGCUCACAUUCAAAGAAGUUGUUUUUCAUGCAGAAUAUGAGGGAAAUUACAAUUGCUUACAAAAGCCUGAUUCAGCAGUUGGAAAGACAUAGAGAAUUGGAUUUAACAACUCUGUUUGGAGAUUUAAAAUUCAAUAAUAUGGUGGGAAAGGCUUGUGAGACUAUAUCUGUGCUCACACAACUCUGGCCAGAAGGAUCUGACAUCCGACGAGUCUUUUGUGUUACUUCAUGCUCCCUCUCCUUGGAAAUGUAUCACUGUUUUUUAGAAAACAAAGAGGAGGAAGCAUCCAAGCAGACAUCUGAAGUCAAACAGGAGAAAGGUAAUUAUUUAAGCCUGAAAGACAUGGAAGACUUCUGUAAGCUGUUCUGCCUCUGUGUGGUUUUUCAACUCCAUCUACCUUUGUCCCAGAGAGCAUGCUCAAGAUUCAUCACUUCUGAUUGGAUUCAGGAUCUCAGGACUGUCUUUAAAAUGAAAAAGUGGUGUGAGUAUUUCAUCCUAAGUAAUGUGCACACAUUUGAAUUUUGGAAUUUGAAUUCACUUCACCUUUCUGAUUUAAGCGAUGAGCCUUUGUUGAAGAAUAUUGCUUUUUACUAUGAAAAUGAAAAUGCAGAAGGCCUGGAUUUGGAUGUAGGAGAUAUCAUCAUGAAGGAGUAUGUACAUCUCUGGGACACUGUGUCAAAGUUGGUCAGAAAGUUUGAUGUGGGAAAACCAUUUCCUGUGCGAACAACAAAAUGUCAUUUUCUUAAUAAGACCCCAUCACCAUUCAAAGAAAGUUCCCAGGAGAAGAUGCCAAAUUUGGGCUUUAUUCCUAUGUCAUGUAGUUUGGUUGAUGAAUUUACUGGAGACAUUUUGAAAGACUUGCCCUUCCUAAAGAGUGAUGAUCCCAUUGUUACCUCACUGUCUAAGAAUAAAGAAUUUGAUGAGCUUGUGCACUGGCAUUCCCACAGACCUCUCAGUGAUGAUUAUGACAGGACAAAAGCCAAUUUUGAUGAGCAUUCAAGAGACCCACGCCAACUUAGGAGUUUGCAGAAAUAUCAUGUUUUUCAACGAUUUUAUGGGAACUCCUUAGAAUCAGUCUCUCCCAAGAUCAUCACAACUCAAGGUACUAAGCCAAAGAAGGAUUGCAGCAAGUCCAGGAGCACAAAGGCACAUGAGACCAAGGCUGACAUAAUUGCUCGAGAGAAUAAGAAGAGGCUAAUUGCCAAGGAAGAACAAAAAGAAGAGCAAAAAUGGAAUGCCCUGUCAUCUACUAUUGAGAAGGAGAUGGAAAGGAAUUUGAACUGUGGGAUGAAGAAGCUCGAAGAGUUUUUGAAGUCAUGUAAAAGUAACUCAGUAAAAGUUCAGGCUGAAAAAGCAGGGUUAAAGGCUUGCUUGACAGCAUGGAGGGAUCACUGCCGAGCUGAAGGUGAAACCACAAAAGACAUGAACAUAGCCAUUGAUAUGAUGAAGAGAAUUCACUCCUUGUUGGACAAACACUCUGAACUUCUUCAAGAAGCAGACCGGAAACUCAUAGCCAGAUGUCUUAUAUAUUUAGGGUUUGAUGAGCUAGCAAAUUCUUUGUAUCCAACUCAGGAUGCAUCAGAUGACAUGAAAAAGACAAAAAAGAACAAAUAUUGCAUUGGAAUUGGGCCAGCUCGCUUCCAACUACAAUAUAUGGGACACCAUUUGAUACGAGAAGAAAGAAAAGAUCCAGACCCCAGGGUCCAAGAUUUUAUUCCUGAUACAUGGCAGCGAGAGCUCCUGGAUGUGGUAGAAAACUAUGAGUCUGCAGUGAUUGUUGCCCCCACAUCAUCUGGCAAAACCUAUGCUUCUUACUACUGCAUGGAGAAGGUGUUGAAGGAGAGCAAUGAAGGUGUGGUUGUGUAUGUUGCACCAACAAAGGCACUUGUUAACCAAGUGGCAGCAACUGUUCAAAAUCGCUAUACCAAAAUUCUGCCAGCUGGUGGAGCUCUGUGUGGUGUUUUUACUAGGGAAUAUCGUCAUGAUGCCCUGAACUGCCAGGUACUUGUUACUGUGCCUGCCUGCUUUGAAAUUCUACUGCUGGCUCCUCAUCGACAAAGCUGGGUGAAGAGGAUAAGAUAUGUUAUAUUUGAUGAGGUUCAUUGUCUUGGUGGAGAAAUUGGAGCAGAAAUCUGGGAGCAUCUUCUUGUCAUGAUCCGAUGUCCCUUCUUGGCACUUUCAGCUACCAUAAGCAACCCUCAGCAUCUUACUGAGUGGCUCCAGUCAGUAAAGCGGUACUGGAAACAAGUAGACAGUGAAAUGGGAAAAAUAACUUCUACCAAAAGAAAUGCUGGCUCCCGUGGCAGUCAUCACAAAGACCAAAUGCAAGCCAGACAGUCAUACAAUGUUAGACUUGUGCUCUAUGGAGAGAGAUACAAUGAUCUAGAGAAGUAUUUAUGUUCUGUGAGACAGGGUGACAUUUGCUUUGAUCAUUUUCACCCAUGUGCUGCACUAACCACAGAUCAUAUUGAAAAGUAUGGAUUCCCUUCUGACCUUGCCUUUUCACCUCGAGAAAGUAUCCAGCUAUAUGACACUAUGAUUCAGGUCUGGGAGAGUUGGCCUCAGGCUCAGAACCUGUGUCCAGAGAACUUCACUCAUUUUAAGAACAAAAUAGUCAUUAAAAAGUCUGAUGCUAGAAAAUAUGAGAAGUGCUUAAAAGAAGAAUUCACAAAUUGGAUUAAAAAUGGGAACGAGGAACAGGCCAGAAUGGUGCUGCAAGAACUCAGUCCGGAUUCCCAUGACUACUCAGACCAGACCCUGAAAUUCUUUCCGAAUCUUGUUGAGAAGCUCAGGGAAAUGGAGAAGUUGCCUGCACUGUUCUUUUUAUUUAGAUUAGAUUGUGUAGAAGCAUGUGCAGAGGCUGCUUGCCAAUUCCUGGAGGACAAACAAAAGGAAAAAAGGCAUCCUAGUGCUGACAAAGAAGCUCAUGUCAUGGCUAAUAAACUUCGAAAAGUUGAAAAAUCUUUGGAGAAACCACAAGAGACAAUAUAUAGAUUAAGUUCUGUGGAAGGAGGUGCUGAGGCUGCUUGCCAAUUCCUGCAGGUCCAACAGGAGGAGAAAAGGUCUGCUAAUGCUGAUAAAGAAGCUCAAAUCAUAGCUAACAAACUUCGAAAAGUUAAAAAAUCAUUAGAGAAACCACAAAAGACAAAAGAUGAAAAAUGUCAGAAGACUUCCAGAAGAUUGGAUCAAAUCAUCAUGCGUGAAGCUGAACACAAUUACCUCCUGAAGAGUCUGGAGAAGAAUCUAGCGAUUCCUGAGGACUGCACAUAUGCUGAUCAGAAAGCAAUAGAUGAUGAGUCAUUGCAGAUGGUGUUUGACCGAGUGAAAUUCCAAAGAAAAGGCAACACACUGAAGAAAUUGGCAAGAAGAGGCAUUGGCUAUCAUCACAGUUCCAUGAGUGCCAAAGAAAAGCAGUUAGUUGAAAUUCUUUUUAGGAAAGGAUUCAUUAGGGUGGUGACAGCUACUGGAACACUUGCUUUAGGAAUCAACAUGCCUUGUAAAUCGGUUUUUGCUCAAAACUCAGUCUAUUUGGAUGCUUUAAAUUUUAGACAGAUGUCUGGUCGGGCUGGAAGACGGGGACAAGACCUGAUGGGUGAUGUCUACUUCUUUAAUAUUCCACUGCCCAAAGUAGGGAAACUCAUAAAAUCCAAAGUUCCUGAGCUGAGAGGACAGUUUCCUCUUGGUAUCUCACUCAUUCUAAGACUCCUGCUGCUAGCCUCCAAGGCAGAUGACAAGGAGGAUGGCAAGGCCAAGGCACUGUCAGUUCUGAAGCACUCGCUGUUAUCUUUCAAACAUCCCCGAGUCACAGACAUGUUGAAGCUUUACUUCUUGUAUUCUUUGCAGAUCCUGGUGAAAGAGGGACAUAUAGAUCAGGAAGGUAAUCCCACAGGGUUUGCUGGCCUUGUAACUCAUUUACAUUACCAUGAACCAUCUAAUCUUGUUUUUGUGAAUUUCCUUGUAAGAGGACUUUUCCAUAAUCUUUGUCAACCAACUCACAAAGGGUCAAAACGUUUUUCUAAAGAUGUAAUGGAAAAGCUGGUUUUAGUAUUGGCAAAUCUGUUUGGGAGAAUGUAUAUUCCAGCAAAGUUCCAAGAUGCUAACACCAAGUUUUAUCAAUCAAAGGUGUUCCUUGAUGACCUCCCAGAAGACUUCAGUGAGGCCCUGCUUGAGUACAACAUGCAAGUUACCAAGAACUUUGCUUCUUUUCUGCUAAUUGUGUCUCAAUUUGCUGAUAUGAAACAGGAAUAUCAACUCCCCUUGUCAAAAAUUGAGUUCACAGGUAAAGAAUGUGAAGAUUCCCCACUUGUGUCUCACUUGAUGAACUGCAGGGAAGGAAGGGUGGCAGUUUCACCAUUUGUUUGUCUGUCUGGAAAAUUCGAUGUGGAUUUGCUUCAUCCAGGAGUUUCAAAUAAUGUAAUUCUGCACACAAUUGGUAUCAAUCACACUCAAGCUCCACUGCUGUGGCCACAUAGACUGGAUAAUACAGGAAGAAAAAUGCCACUUAAUGCAUAUGCACUUGACUUCUAUAAACAUGGAUCCCUUGUGGGAUUAGUUCAAGACAAUAGGAUACAUCAAAGAGCAGUUUACCAGUUGUUGAAAGAUUUUUACCUUACCAUUAAAUCUAUCAGUGUCUCCUUGCGUGAACUGUGUGAAAAUGAAGAAGACAACGUUGUUUUAGCAUUUGAACAAUUGUCCGAGUCCUUUCGUGAAAAGCUUGAAAAAGUGUGAAAAGAAAAGUGAUAUAAACCACUUAAAUUAUCACCAUAGAAGCUUUGCAAGUUAUAUGAUUUUUAUUCUUAUGUCUUGAUCAGAAAAUCAUACACAAUGAAGUGGAAUGAGCAAGCAGUUUGGAGUUAAAGAGUUGACAUUAAAUUUGCUGUGUUUGGCUGUGAGCACCCUUGUCCAAACUAUUUGUUAUGGUUAAGUCUUGGUUUCUUUAAAUGACCAACUAAAAAUGUUUAUGUCUCCAAAUUAUUGAGGAUUGAAUGAAAAAAUGCAGGAUUUUGCAUAUACAUGUUUGAAGACUUUUUACAGUCUGUGAGACCCAAACAAAUAUUACAUUUAAAUAUUUUCACUGUUAAUAUAUGUAAAAAAUUUGUUGAAACUAGAACAUAAAUGAUUGCAGUAUCCUGAAAGUGUAAUAUAUUCUUCCCAAUCAACAUUAAAGGAUUGUUCUGCUUAGAUAGCUAGCUAUUAACAUAGUACAUCUUAGUAAAAUUUUGUAAAAAUUGUUUAUUUUAUUCAAUUUUGUGAUAAUUUAAAAGGAAAUAUGUAGCUAAUAUUCUGCUUCCU